CGAGCAACGCCGCGGCUGCCAAGCUACUGCGGGUCGACGUUCCAAGACACCAGAGACCCGCGGGCCACUCGGCACCUAGGCGGCUUCCAGUCCUGCGGACACCUGCAGAAGCGAGGGACUAGCGCCGCAGUCUGGGGCCCACUGCGUCCUGCUGCGCAGGGACGUCCACCGCCACCCUCUGGAGUAGUGGGUUUCGUAUCCUGCUGCUGGGCACGGUCUGAAUGCUCACAGGAGACGGGCCAUGGAGACCCGAGGACUUGGUGGCCCCACCCCCCCCUCAGAGGGCAGCAGCAGUGGCAGCGAGAGCUCCAGAGAUGGUUCGAGGUGCUCCACCCCCGGCCUGGAUCCCGAGCGGCAUGAGAGACUCCGGGAGAAGAUGAGGCGGAGGAUGGAAUCUGGUGACAAGUGGUUCUCCCUGGAAUUCUUCCCUCCUCGAACAGCCGAGGGAGCUGCCAACCUCAUCGCCAGGUUUGACCAGAUGGCAGCAGGUGGUCCCCUCUUCAUUGAUGUGACCUGGCACCCAGCAGGGGACCCUGGAUCAGACAAGGAGACCUCCUCCAUGAUGAUUGCCAGUACCGCUGUGAACUACUGUGGCCUGGAAACCAUUCUGCACAUGACCUGCUGCCGGCAGCGCCGGGAGGAGAUCACGGGCCAUCUGCACAAAGCCAAGCAGCUGGGCCUGAAGAACAUCUUGGCGCUAAGGGGAGACCCCAUAGGUGACCAGUGGGAAACUGAGGAGGGGGGCUUCAGCUAUGCUGCAGACCUCGUGAAGCACAUCCGAAGUGAGUUUGGGGACUACUUUGACAUCUGUGUGGCAGGUUACCCCAAAGGCCACCCAGACGCAGAGAGCUUUGAGGACGACCUGAAGCACUUGAAAGAGAAAUUCUCGGCAGGCGCCGACUUCAUCAUCACCCAGCUCUUCUUCGAGGCCGACACCUUCUUCCACUUUGUCAAGGCCUGCGCUGCAACGGGCAUCACCUGCCCCAUCCUCCCCGGGAUCUUCCCCAUUCAGGGCUACUCCUCCCUCCGCCAGCUCAUGAAGCUGUCCAAGCUGGAGGUGCCGCAGGAGAUCAAGGAUGUGAUCGAGCCCAUCAAAGACAACGAUGCUGCCAUCCGCAACUACGGUAUCGAGCUGGCCGUGAGCCUGUGCCGGGAGCUUCUGGCCAGUGGCCUGGUGCCUGGCCUCCACUUCUACACUCUCAACCGCGAGGUGGCCACCACAGAGGUGCUGAAGCGCCUGGGCCUGUGGACUGAGGACCCCAGGCGUCCCCUGCCCUGGGCUAUCAGCGCCCACCCCAAGCGCCGGGAAGAAGAUGUGCGUCCCAUCUUUUGGGCUUCCAGACCAAAGAGCUACAUCUACCGCACCCAGGACUGGGAUGAGUUUCCCAAUGGCCGCUGGGGCAACUCCUCCUCGCCAGCCUUCGGGGAGCUGAGGGACUACUACCUCUUCUACCUGAAAAGCAAGUCCCCCCGGGAGGAGCUGCUGAGGAUGUGGGGGGAGGAGCUGUGCAGCGAGGAGAGCGUCUUCGAGGUCUUCGCACAUUACCUCUCCGGGGAGCCAAACCGGCAUGGCCACAAGGUGACCUGCCUGCCCUGGAACGACGAGCCCCUGGCCGCUGAGACCAGCCUGAUGAGGGAGGAGCUGCUGCGCGUGAACCAGCGGGGCGUCCUCACCAUCAACUCCCAGCCCAACAUCAACGGGAGGCCGUCCUCUGACCCCGUCGUGGGCUGGGGCCCCAGCGGGGGCUAUGUCUUCCAAAAGGCCUACCUGGAGUUCUUCACUUCCCGCGAGACCGUGGAGGCCCUUCUGCAGGUGCUGAAGAAGUACGAGCUCCGGGUCCACUACCAUAUCGUGGACGUGAAGGGUGAGAAUGUCACCAACGCCCCUGAACUUCGGCCCAACGCCGUCACAUGGGGCAUCUUCCCUGGGCGGGAGAUCAUCCAGCCUACGGUGGUGGAUCCUGUCAGCUUCAUGUUCUGGAAGGAUGAGGCCUUCGCCCUGUGGAUCGAGAGGUGGGGCAAGCUAUAUGACGAGGAGUCCCCGUCCCGCAUGAUCAUCCAGUACAUCCACGACAACUACUUCCUGGUCAACCUGGUGGACAAUGAGUUCCCGCUGGACAACUGCCUGUGGCAGGUGGUAGAAGACACAUUCGAGCUGCUCAACAGGCCUGCGCAGAAUGAGAGGGAGUCAGAAGCUCUAUGACCUUGCGUCCUGACAGCCAUGGCUUGGCUUGGCCACUGGUAUCCAGCCAUCCCCCCGCAUCCUGGUUCUCCUUUAUCCAAAGCCUGGGCCUCUUCACCCCCCUGAUGAUGGCGACUAGGCUGAUGUGAGGCUUCCAGGCUCUGGAUGGAUCUGAGGCAGUGGCACAGGGGAGCCUGGUGCUCCCUGGUCUAGCCAGGGUCAGGGUCAGGGUCAGUCUCUGGUGAGAGCACUGCCAUCCUGCAGGGGAGCACGGUGGUGCACACCACCUCCCUGAGGAAGCGGGAGACUGGUGGUUGCAUCUGAGCCCUCACACCAGGGGAGCCUGUGGAUCCAGCUGGGACUCCAGUGAACUUGUACUUGGGCCUGUGUAAGAUGGGCAGAGAGACCACGGGUGACAGGUACUGUGGCAUUGAGGACACUUGGCUAAGUGAAGGGGCUGCACCCUUGCACCUCUAGAUGCUGGCAGCAGCCCCACCUGUGAUUAUAGGGGAAGACCUCGCACAUGGCAGGCCACGCCAGGCCCUGGACAGCCUUGGCCGAUCCCUGACGACCAGGCACUGCUGCUCUUGACCUCCUACUGUUUGAAACCCUUGUCUGUGUUCUAAGGGCUUGAGAAACAGUGCCCUUGAAGGGUUCAAGUCUGUCCUAA